GACGGUAUACGAUGCUAUGUGGCAGACCUGCGUAGCAGGUAUUUUCGCCAACGGCAAUAAGGAGAAGACCGCAAAGACAUAUUCACGCUUUGAGAGCCGUCAGAGGAUCCUCCGCAUCAUACCGAGACUUGGGCUUCAAGAUUACCUCUGGCCGUGGAUGUUGGUGGUGCUUGUUGGACAUAUCCUCCGGCUGCUUGGGAUCGCAAACCCGGAGAUGGAGUUCAGGACUUCGGUGUCUUUUAUGAUUAAUCGGAGACUGUUCAGAACUGAUAAUGGGUACAUGGGCCUGGGUCCUGCGAUUGCGGAGGCGGGGGAUUAUGUUGUGCUUGUGAAGGGUGCGAGGAUGCCGUUUAUUGUCAGGCCGAGAGGGAAGUUGUGGGAACUCAUGGGUGAUGCGUAUCUCCACGGGGCCAUGAGUGGACAUCUUUGGAAUGAGGAGAAGUGCCACUUGAUGCUGUUCAGAUGAUGCAGGAUAGGCAGACGGGUGCAGUGUGCAACAAAGACCCCUCUUUCAGAUGUCCCACUCCCCAAAGAUACAAAGACCAAAAUGCCCCAAUAACGAAUCAAAUUCUACCACAACUCCAGGGCCAAAGAGAGAUGGGUUGAGACGUAGUAUAUGAUAGACUUCUUCUACCCCUGGCCUCUGAGCUAUGCAAAGGAAGAAAGAGAGAGCCUUUGAGAUUGUCGAGUGUGUAAAGAACGCCAGAAAUACUCUAAAAGGA